AUGAAGAUGGCGCCGUCCAGGCCCGCCGCCUUCGCGAAGCCCUUCGUGCUCCGCACGUUCGCCAACCCGACGGCCACGUCGCUGGCCAUCGAGAAGUUCGGCGUGACGAACGCCAACACCAUCCGCAACCUGAGCUACGACGAGAUCGCCGCCCACAAGGCGAAGAACGGCGAGGGUCAGUUCGUCAAGAACGGCACAUACACGAUCGACACGGGCAAGUUCACGGGCAGCUCGCCCAAGAACAAGUACAUCAUGGACCAGGCCCCGUCCAGCCAGAACAUUUGGUGGGGCGACAUCAACCAUCCCGAGAGAGCCGAGGUGUUCGACGAGCUGUACGAGACGGUCACCAAGCACUACAGCUCGGCCGAGAAGGUGUACGUCUUCGACGGCUACGCUUUUCGAAUCGAGAACGACGUGGUCAUCGGCGGCACCUGGUAUCGCGGUGAGAAGAAGAAGGGCAUCUUCUUGCCGUUGGACGGCAUCAUGGCCAUGCACUGCGCGGCCAAAACGGUGACACCGCCCUCUUCUUCGGCCUCACGGCUGGGCAUCUUCAACUUCGAGGGCGGCUGCUACGCCAAGACCGUCAACCUGAGCCAGGAGAACGAGCCGGACAUCUACAACACCAUCAAGCGCGAUGCUUUGCUCGAGAACGCGUUCGUGGACGCCGAGGCCAAGGAGCCCGACUUCUACAACACGUCCAGGACGGAGAACGGCCGUGUGUCGUACCCGAUCUACCAUAUCCUGAACCACGAGCCCACAUCGAGCGGCGGCCACCCGUCCAACAUCGCGUGCACGCCUACGGCGUUGGUUGCCGGCACGGAGCGUGGCGUGACGGAGCCCGCGGCCACUUUCAGCGCCUGCUUCGGCGCCGCCUUCCUACCGCUGCACCCCACCAAGUACGCGAAGAAGCUGCAGAAGCACAACACGUCCGUCUACCUCGUCAACACGGGCUGCACCAGUGGCGGCUACGCAUGA